AUUUGUGUCAUCUCUAACCGAGAAUUUUCAUAAACGCAUCUUUUAGAGAAAAACGUUUAUGAGAAAAUGGAAAACAUUCCGCGAACUCAUGAAGACAUUGAGGCCCAGAUCUCUGUGAUUCAGGAGAAGAAAACGGAAUUGGCUAAAACGCAAGCGGCGGCGGCUGGAGUUGGCCUUCUGGACAGCGGUGGAUUUUUCGAUUCCGAUCUCUACGAUGAAGCUUCCGCUGUGGGGGACACUAAGGCAGGGGGUAAAAAGGCUCGUUACGAAGGCUACAACACCUCGAUUGCGGCCAAUGAUGACGGUGAGGAGGAUGAAGAUGAAGAGGAAGACGAUGUGGGCUUCCCAGUACCCCAAAAACGAACCACAUACACAGCUCCCCAGUCCGUGCUAAAGGAUGUGAUCCAGGGCAAGGAGGAUCACGAUCCCAUGGCGGAUCGUCGUCGGCCGACUAUAGCCGAUCGCGAGGAUGAAUAUAGACAAAAGAGGCGUCGCGCCAUCAUAUCACCGGAACGAGCGGAUCCAUUUGCGGAUGGGGGCAAGACACCAGAUGUGGGUUCUCGUACAUAUACAGACAUAAUGCGCGAGCAGAUGCUUAAGGGCGAAGAGUCGGAACUGAGACGUCGCAUUAUGGAGAAGUCCAAAGAUGGUUCAUUGGUAAAGAAUUCAUCAUCGUCGAACGGGGAGGCGCCGUCUCAUUCGUCUGCCAAACAGGAAACUGGCGGACGUAAGCGUGGUCGUUGGGAUCAGACGGUUAGCGAUAGUUUCAUUCCAGCCAAGGUGUCGGCCACACCUAGCAGUGCUGCCACGCCCACAUGGGAGGAUAAAACUCCUGGAGAUCAUCGCUGGGAUGAGACGCCGGGUCACAAAGGUAGCGAAACUCCUGGUGCUACUCCUGGCCUAGCCACCCGUAUUUGGGAUGCCACUCCAGCCCAUGCCAUGACCCCUGGCCGGGAGCGAGAUGAUGGUACAACGCCCAGCCAUGAGAAAUCCGCUCGGCGCAAUCGCUGGGAUGAGACUCCGAAAACUGAGAGGGAAACUCCUGGACACAGUGGGUGGGCGGAAACACCCAAGCCCGAUCGCAUGGGUAGUUCUGGUGGUGGGGCCGCCGAAAGCAUUACCGAAUCUACUCCCGGAGCUUCCAAACGUCGUUCUCGCUGGGAUGAGACGCCAUCCAAUGCCACUCCGGCAAUAACUCCAACCAACUCCAGCGCCAUGACUCCCAGCAUGACACCCAGCAUGACGCCGCAUGCGACGCCAGGCGGUCAUGGUGGAGCCACUCCUCUGAUGACACCGGGUGGCAGUACUCCGGUGGGCGUAAAAGCUAUGGCCAUGGCCACUCCCACUCCCGGAGCGUUGGCCGCCAUGACUCCCGAACAAUUGCAGGCCUAUCGAUGGGAAAAGGAAAUCGAUGAGAGAAAUCGUCCCUAUACAGAUGAGGAACUCGAUCAAAUGUUUCCCCCCGGAUAUAAGAUUUUACCUCCUCCAGCAGGUUAUGUCCCACUGAGAACACCCGGACGCAAGCUGAUGGCCACUCCCACGCCCAUAGCGGGCACACCGGCUGGUUUCUUUAUCCAAGUAGAAGAUAAGUCGGCUAAGUUUAUGGAUAAUCAACCAAAGGGACAAAAUUUACCCUUCAUGAAGCCGGAAGAUGCGCAAUAUUUUGAUAAACUUUUGGUAGAUGUCAAUGAGGAUUCACUUUCACCCGAAGAGUUGAAGGAGAGGAAGAUCAUGAAACUAUUGCUGACCAUUAAGAACGGAUCGCCGCCAAUGAGAAAGUCGGCCCUGCGUCAGAUUACCGACAAGGCCCGAGAAUUCGGAGCUGGACCAUUAUUCAAUCAAAUUUUACCAUUGCUCAUGUCCCCCACUCUGGAGGAUCAGGAGCGACAUUUGUUGGUCAAGGUGAUUGAUCGUGUAUUGUAUAAGCUUGAUGAUUUAGUGCGUCCCUAUGUCCAUAAGAUCUUGGUGGUCAUUGAACCCCUAUUAAUUGACGAAGAUCAUUAUGCCCGUAUCGAGGGUCGUGAGAUUAUAUCGAAUUUGGCCAAGGCAGCGGGAUUGGCCACGAUGAUAUCCACCAUGAGGCCGGAUAUUGACAAUAUAGAUGAAUAUGUGAGAAACACAACAGCUCGAGCCUUUGCUGUGGUUGCCUCUGCCUUGGGUAUUCCAUCGCUGCUGCCCUUCUUGAAGGCCGUCUGCAAGUCCAAGAAAUCCUGGCAAGCCCGUCACACGGGCAUAAAGAUUGUCCAGCAAAUUGCCAUCUUGAUGGGCUGUGCCAUUUUGCCCCAUCUCAAGGCUCUUGUGGAGAUUAUCGAGCACGGACUGGUAGAUGAACAACAGAAGGUGCGCACGAUCACAGCCUUGGCCAUAGCUGCCCUAGCCGAAGCAGCCACUCCUUAUGGCAUUGAGUCAUUCGAUUCAGUGCUCAAACCAUUGUGGAAAGGCAUAAGAACUCAUCGUGGCAAGGGAUUGGCUGCCUUUCUCAAGGCUAUUGGCUAUUUGAUUCCGCUGAUGGACGCCGAGUACGCCAACUAUUAUACACGUGAGGUGAUGUUGAUCUUGAUCCGUGAGUUCCAGUCACCCGACGAGGAGAUGAAGAAGAUUGUGCUCAAGGUGGUGAAGCAGUGCUGUGCCACCGAUGGUGUGGAACCACAAUAUAUCAAGGAGGAGAUUCUUCCGCACUUUUUCAAGUUCUUCUGGAAUCAUCGCAUGGCCCUGGAUCGACGUAAUUACCGACAAUUAGUUGAUACUACAGUUGAAAUAGCCAACAAAGUGGGCGCCUCAGAGAUUAUAAAUCGUGUGGUGGACGAUCUCAAGGAUGAGAAUGAGCAAUAUCGUAAGAUGGUAAUGGAAACUGUGGAGAAAAUCAUGGGCAAUCUGGGAGCAGCUGAUAUCGACUCUCGUUUGGAGGAGCAGCUUAUCGAUGGCAUUCUGUAUGCCUUCCAAGAACAGACCACUGAAGAUGUGGUCAUGUUGAAUGGUUUCGGUACCAUAGUCAACCAAUUGGGGAAACGGGUGAAGCCCUAUUUGCCUCAGAUUUGUGGUACCAUUCUGUGGAGAUUAAACAACAAGUCCGCCAAGGUGCGUCAACAGGCUGCCGAUCUGAUCUCUCGCAUUGCCGUGGUAAUGAAAACCUGCCAGGAAGAGAAGCUAAUGGGUCAUUUGGGUGUUGUCUUGUAUGAGUAUUUGGGUGAGGAAUACCCCGAGGUCUUGGGGUCUAUAUUGGGUGCCCUAAAGGCCAUUGUAAAUGUCAUUGGCAUGACAAAAAUGACGCCCCCCAUUAAGGACUUGCUUCCCCGUCUGACCCCCAUAUUGAAAAAUCGACACGAAAAGGUCCAAGAGAAUUGCAUAGAUCUGGUGGGACGCAUUGCGGAUCGUGGUCCGGAAUAUGUGUCGGCUCGUGAAUGGAUGCGGAUUUGUUUUGAGCUGCUGGAACUGCUGAAGGCACACAAGAAGGCGAUUCGGCGAGCCACCGUCAAUACCUUUGGAUACAUAGCUAAGGCGAUUGGUCCUCACGAUGUGCUGGCCACUUUGCUGAAUAACCUUAAGGUCCAAGAGAGACAGAAUCGUGUGUGCACCACUGUAGCCAUUGCCAUAGUGGCUGAAACGUGUCGUCCCUUCACCGUGCUCCCCGCCCUGAUGAACGAGUAUCGAGUUCCGGAGUUGAAUGUACAGAAUGGUGUCCUCAAAUCUCUGUCAUUCCUCUUCGAGUACAUUGGUGAGAUGGGCAAAGACUAUAUCUACGCUGUGUGCCCCCUGCUGGAAGAUGCUUUAAUGGAUCGGGAUUUGGUCCAUCGACAGACAGCUUGUUCGGCCAUCAAGCACAUGUCUCUGGGCGUCUACGGCUUCGGUUGCGAGGAUGCUCUCACCCACUUGCUAAACUAUGUCUGGCCCAAUAUAUUUGAGACUUCACCUCACUUGGUUCAGGCGUUUAUGGACUCGGUUGAUGGUCUGCGGGUUUCGCUUGGACCCAUUAAGAUACUUCAAUACACUCUGCAGGGACUCUUUCAUCCGGCUCGCAAGGUUCGCGAUGUGUAUUGGAAAAUCUACAAUUCCCUGUACAUCGGCGGACAGGAUGCUCUUAUUGCCGGCUAUCCGAGAAUCACAAAUGAUCCAAAGAAUCAGUACGAACGUUAUGAAUUGGACUACACGCUGUAAAUCCGCAGUUAAGUUUAAGAUUACAAACUUAUAUAUUAUAUACUUACAUAUUAAAACAAAU